CAGCAGAUGCAACAAAUGCAGGUGCAACAACAGCAGCAGCAACAGAUGCAGCAGCAAAUGCAACAAUCCAUGCCGAUGGGUGCAUCGAACGCACAGCUGUUCCAGCAGGGUGGGAUGCCGCGCGGUGUAGGACCGGCGGGGUCGGGUGCCGGAUUUCCGCCCGGUGCCGGCCCGAACCUGCAGGGCCCGUUAGCGUACCUGGAGAAAACGGCUAGCAAUAUAGAUCUAGUGGGCCUUGGCGAUGGUCGAAGGUGACGCGGGCGGGGCAGGGGACGCGGUAGAGGUCGGGGCCGAGGAAGAGGUCGUGGACGCGGCAGUGUGGCCGAGUUCCACAGUGGCCCACUAACCUGAGGCUGGGGCAUGGGCGGGAUGGAACAGCGGGAGGGCAUUGUUUGCCAACCCGGCCCGGACAACAUCCUCCAUCCAACCAUGUCCCCCCUCGCCAGAGCUCGCGUAUUUCUUCGUCUACCGGUUGCGGUGCAUGGUUAGGGGCCCUCGGCCGUCAAUCAACCGUUGGCGAUAACACUGUUAGGAAAGAAGUUUAGGCAACAAGGAAGGCAACACAGGCAACAGUACAGCAGCAUCGAGCAGCGAAACAUGGUUCCCCCAUCUGCAACAGAAAUUAUCCAAAACCUUGGACCGCGCGACGGUGCGGCCACAAAAUGCAAAUCCUCCCACUCCGGCGUGGCACCACACACUCACUCACUCACUACCACAUGCACGUUUGGCGCACACAUCUAGAAAUUUCUCUUUGACCACUUACGCCAAAAUUGACCCCCUAUUUGUUAUCUCCAUCGCAUCCCCCAGCAUCCCCAAAACUUUGAGCGUGUAAUGUAAUGUAAUGUGUACAAA